GCGGCUGCCAAACCGGAAAGGGAAGCCCUGGGCCUGAAGAGCCGGCAAAACGACGUUUCGACGGUGUUUCGCCGGGCGAACCGACGUUUCGACGGUGUUUCGCCGGACGGUGUUUGGCGGGUCGCUGAAGUCGGGCCAGGCGGGCGGGGCGUGCCGUGAUGCCGGAACUGGCGGUGCAGAAGGUGGUGGUCCACCCCCUCGUUCUGCUCAGUGUGGUCGAUCAUUUCAACCGAAUCGGCAAGGUUGGAAACCAGAAGCGUGUUGUUGGUGUGCUUUUGGGGUCGUGGCAAAAGAAGGUACUUGAUGUUUCCAACAGUUUUGCAGUCCCUUUUGAUGAAGAUGACAAAGAUGACUCUGUCUGGUUCUUAGACCAUGAUUAUUUGGAAAACAUGUAUGGAAUGUUUAAGAAAGUCAAUGGUAAGUCUUCACUUUCUUAGAAGUUAUGGCAUGAUAUAGGGGGUGUACCUGUGCAUGUGUGUUUUCAACACCUACUGUCCUUAUUUUGCCCAAACUCAGUGCUGGUCAUCAUUGAUGUGAAGCCCAAGGACCUGGGGUUGCCCACAGAAGCAUACAUCUCUGUGGAGGAAGUUCACGAUGAUGGGACUCCAACCUCAAAAACAUUUGAACACGUGACCAGCGAGAUCGGAGCAGAGGAGGCUGAGGAGGUUGGCGUGGAGCACUUGUUGCGAGACAUCAAAGACACUACAGUGGGCACUCUGUCCCAGCGGAUCACGAACCAGGUCCAUGGUCUGAAGGGACUGAACUCCAAGCUGCUGGAUAUCCGGAGCUACCUGGAGAAAGUAGCCACGGGCAAGCUGCCCAUCAACCACCAGAUUAUCUACCAGCUGCAGGACGUCUUCAACCUGCUGCCCGAUGUCAGCCUGCAGGAGUUUGUCAAGGCCUUCUACCUGAAGACCAAUGACCAAAUGGUGGUGGUGUACUUGGCCUCGCUGAUCCGCUCCGUGGUCGCCCUACACAACCUCAUCAACAACAAGAUCGCCAACCGGGAUGCAGAGAAGAAAGAGGGGCAGGAGAAAGAAGAGAGCAAAAAGGAUAGGAAAGAUGACAAAGAGAAGGAGAAAGAGAAGGAGAAGAGUGAUGUGAAGAAAGAAGAGAAAAAGGAGAAAAAGUAA